AUGUGUUUUUUUCUCCAUGUAGACAGUGCAGACGAUCAGUAUGUGCUGGUGACGGAGGAGAAGACUUGGUUUGAGGCUCAGAGCUACUGCAGGCAGCACUACACAGACCUGGUCAGUGUGAGGAGCCCGGCUGAGAACGAGGAGGUGAGGAGUCGACUGCAGGGAAACCCGGCUGUGCAGGAGGCCUGGAUCGGCCUGCAGAGGGACUCCUGGAAGUGGUCGGACGGCAGCGGCUCCUCUUUCAGACAUUGGUGGGAGUCUCAGCCUGAUAACCAAAACAGCACUCAGGCUUGUGUUCAUAUGCAAAGAGGGAGAUGGGACGACUGGAGAUGUGCCACCAAGUUCAACUUUCUCUGUCAAAGAAUAACUAAAGUGACCCCAACUCCACAAGCCGUGCAGAGAAAGACUUUAGUGAAGAUGAAGUUGCUGACUAACGCCGACCUCACAGAUCCAACCAUCAGACAUAAAGUCUUACAGCAGCUGGAGGCAGCGCUGAACUUUAGUAAUGUCAAGCUGCUCUGGAGGAGUUUAAUGGCAGAGCCACAGCCAUGAAAGACAGAAGAUGCAUGUGAAGAGGGAAUACAGUGGAACCUCGACUGAGACUUUUACUCUUCAUCCUCCUUGCUGAAGCAGUUUAG